AUGGGCGAUAAGCGAGUCAUCGACGAUCCGAGAAUAAAUGUCAUCCAGAACGAUAAAAGAGAAUGGAACCUACAGCUACAAAAUGUCAUGUCUUCGGACUCAGUUCCACCGACAAUUUUGAACAAUAUUUCAUUAAAAGAUCAGCAAGUUAUAGAAGGAGUGAAUGCAACACUGACAUGCAACGCUACAGGGCUCCCACCGCCAAACGUUACCUGGUCCAAAUUGAAUUCUCAAAAAAACAACAAUAAUAUUAAUAAUAAUAAAUCUGAUAUGAAACCGUGUUCGAACAUACAGCUUUCUCAGUGUGAAUUGUUUGAAAAUCAAGGACAACAUCACAAGGCAGUAACUGUAUGUUGUAGCAAAUGA